AUGUGUCUAAGGGUAGUUCUUCAAAUCGCUUCGCUUUGCUUGGCCAAGACGGACAAGACCAUUCGACAAGCCCUAGUUGAUCUCCUCAGAGACCUCUCGGGGAUAUUCUCCCACAUUCUGCAGCAGUCAGCGGUGUUCGGAGAGGAAUACCAUGGGCGGACACUCGAGCUGGUCACUGCAGCCUGCCGUUCUCUGUCGACGGAUGAGCUGCGCGAGGCCCUGGCUGUAGCCCCGGGAGAUAGCGACUGGGACCCGACGCGAAUUCCUAACGUCAUCUAUGCCGUACUGACAUGCUGCGGAAGCUUACUGAUUGCGGACGAGGAAACCAAGUUAGUGAGACUGAUUUAUCAUAGCCUGAAGCAGUUCCUGAAUAGGGAGCCAGGUGCAGUAGAAAUGCCAUCGACAGUUCCCACAUCCGGUAUUGCAGACGCAGACAAGACGAUAACUGCUGUCAUAGCAACCUACGCCAACUACAGUAUCUUCAACACACAACUCACCUCGACCGGCGCAGUGCCACAGCCCCGACAGUACGAUAAGAUCCCGAGGAAAGUAGUGGGUUUUGUUUCCAACUCGGGGAGUACCAAAAAGCUCGCAUUGAAACUUUUGAAGCCUCGCGAGCAGCUGACGAUGGAUAUCUGA